CACACUGUACUGUGUAUGAUUUAAAAUGUCUGAAUCUGAAUAAAUUGUGUAGAAUUAACAGAAAUCCCUCUUCUGUCCUGUCGCAGGGUGAGUCAGUGAAGUAUUUCUUGGAUAAUCUGGAUAAGCUCGGCGAUCCGGGUUACCUUCCCACUCAACAGGACAUCCUGCUGGCCCGCAAACCCACCAAGGGCAUCCACGAGUACGACUUCGAGAUCAAGAGCGUUCCCUUCAAGAUGGUGGACGUGGGCGGGCAGCGGUCGGAGCGGAGGCGCUGGUUCGAGUGUUUCGACUCGGUGACCUCCAUCCUCUUCCUCGUCUCCUCCUCUGAAUACGACCAGGUGCUGAUGGAGGACAGGCAAACCAACCGGCUGCGCGAAUCGCUCAACAUCUUCGAGACCAUCGUCAACAACCGCGUCUUCGUCAACGUCUCCAUCAUCCUCUUCCUCAACAAGACGGACCUGCUGGAGGAGAAGGUGAGGAGCGUUCCGCUUAAAGACUACUUUCCUGAAUACACCGGGCAGGAGCACAACCUGGCCGACGUCCAGGCGUUCAUGGUGGAGUGCUUCCGAGCCAAGAGACGCGACGGCACCCAGAAGCCCCUGUACCACCACUUCACCACGGCCAUCAACACGGAGAACAUCAGGCUGGUGUUCCGGGACGUCAAGGACACCAUCCUCCACGACAACCUCAAACAGCUCAUGCUCCAAUGACCCCUGUCAACCUGUGAAAGUAGAGGACCUGAAUGGGGACAAAACCACCCCCUCGCUCCCGACGAGGACUUGGGAGAGACCAGCCUCAGAAGAAUCCGAUAAAUGACAGCAUUCUUCUUUAGCCGUUUUUAUAUUAGUUUUUACUCUCCUCUUUUGAAGAGUUGGCCUUCUUGUUAGUUCGGGGUUCGGUAGGGGAACGAGUCAGUAGGACAGACCGUCUGUGGUUAUAAAGAAAGACGAGAAGGCGGGUCGGAUGUUCGAUAACAUCUUUGCUGCUUCAUCUUGAGACUCUCCUCUGGCCUGAGCUCUGCCGUACAGCACAAGACUCUCGGGGGGGGCGGGGGGGGGCUUUUCAACUCACAAGGUGUCGGUGCCCGGCUGUGGAAACCAGCAAAACAUUGUUUUAUCUUAUUCUCUUUACAAAAACCAGGCAUUUGGUUUCUAAACCAGAUACGCAACAAGUCGCGACGCACCAAAAACAGACGUGGUGAACAAAUAACAGAGUUCGACGGUCAUCGCCAAAGAUCAUCUGCGCCCGUCUGAAUCCAAGCACUGAAUUAAUUUAAUCCCACAUCACUCCAUUAUUCCUGUUGCUCUCUCCAGUGCUGCUUUGUGAGUGUUGUAGUUUAUACAAAAAGGGGGGUUUGACUUGCUGAUCAUCUGGAGAUUGCAUUGUCGUCUUCUUCUCUCUCAUAUUGCAGCACCGCUCCUCCCCUCUUCCCCUCCCACCUACCACUUUUUUCUUGGUUUGAGCAGAUCGAAAAGUACCGGCACAGAGCCAAUUUCGCCGGGACAAGGACCAGUUUAUUGAUUGUGAAAGUGCUCAGAAUGGUUAAUAAUUGGAUGCUGAAAAAUCGGUUCCAGCACUGGCACCUUGUCUGUGGGGAGAAAUGCUCGAACAGGGCGAGACUGAACCUACAAUGCCUUUCCGUAUAAUGUCUUAAGGAGACCUAAUCACUGUUUAAAUCCUGCAUUUGUGCCUGUGUGUCUCUAAUUACAGUCGGUCUUAGAUUUUAGAUUUUUUUUUUUGGUUGUUUAGAGGGCAAAAUUACCUUCAGUGGCACAUUAAGUGAACAUGCAGUCCACUGUUCUCUCAGGGUUGAAUCAAAACCGGCAUUAAAUGUUGAUGUCAUUGUUAGUGAACUAACUGAAUAAACUAAUCUUCAUCUGGUUGGCAGAGCGGUGAGACUCAGUCAGGCCUCAGUACAGGUAGCUAGGUGGUGUUUGGUACUGUAUCCUCCUGACUUUGACCCCUGAACUUUAACCCAGACUCCCAACUCUCUCUCUCUCUCGCUCUCUCUCUUUGUUCUCAUCUCUGAUUAGAUGCCUUGUAAAGGGACAGACCUCCCCUGUUUGCCUGAAUGAUGAAUGUCUGUUAAUAGAUGUACAGAUUUGCUCCAGAUUGUCUGAAUAAACUGUAACCGGCGUCGUUAUGGUGAGAUUGUAACCUGUAUAUCUGUGUUGGCACUGACUCCAGGCGUCUCUGAAAACGCAAUCUUGUGCCGUUUAGGAGUUCCCCUUUUUUUAAAAAAAAAAUACAUUAUGAAUUUUGUAGGAAAAAAUGUGGAUGGAAAUAAAAAGAUAAGGAGUUGUCAGCUUUUGUCAGCAACCGUAUUCGGUAGGGGCCAAUCGUUAUUAGAGGACGACUUCCAGGCACUCUUAAAAUCUGUGUUCGUCUGCCCGAUCACCCCACGUGCUUUCUCGGGACUGUUCACACGGACAGUCUGCAGUUCUUCUCCGAAAUUAAAGCUCCUGUGAGCUUCAGUUUGCUUCCAGUCCUUUGGCUUUUGUAAAUACUGUAAUCUGUUGCUAUGUAAAUAAUAUUCAGGUUUAUCUCCAUAUAUGUAAAUGGUUGUAGAAAUGGUGUAUUUUUUUUUUUUCUUUCCCAUUCUGAAUGUGUUUAAAAUCACUGCUUUUUCCAAUGAAGAUGACCUUUUUGCUGUAGAUGUAUAUCUGUUUAAUUUCUUUCAUCACCUUUAUUUGAAAUUAAUUCCUGUGCCAAGUCUCAUGCCACUCUAACCCUAUCAAUAAAAUACACUUUUCUAAUGAAA